CAACACGGACAUCGUGGUUUACGAAGUCCAACAUUAUCAACUCUACAUGGGGAAAUAUGAAACAUGACUCGGGCAUUUCAAAUUUCAGUGUUGCAGGGUAGGGAAAAUAUUGCUUAUUCUAGUUUAAUUUAUCGUCAAAUAACGUGCCUUUGCACAGUUAACACAAUGGUUAACUUAAACUUAAGUGUUCGUGUCUUUCUUCAGCUUAGAUGACGGGAGAAGUGUGCGUCGCUUUUCAAUAAAUGGACCUUACAGUGGAUGCGGAAAUGACGUCGCCUAUUUCAUUGCAAUAGAUGCACUCAUAGAGGUCUGUGCCACAACGUGGCAUUUAACUAUUACAAGCUUUCCAAAGUUUAUCUAUUCGACAAGGAAUGGCAUGGCCUCCUUGGACGUGUUACCUAAAGGUAAGACUAUUUUAAUAUAGUACAAGGUAUACUAUUAAUUUAUUGGAAGAACACCUUUAAACACUUCCUAUAUGUAAACAAAUGUUAGAAAGGAAUAAUGAUCACAAGAAAAAAAGUUUUGAAUUUAUUAAAAUGUGGAAGUUAAGAUGCUGUACUUAUCUCUUUAUCAUUGGCUUGAGGAAAGUGUAAAUAGCUGCAAUGUAAACAGAGCUUUGACCAGAAAGUGUGUCUAGCUCCCAACUGUAUCAUGUGAGACUGAAAAGCGACAGAAGUGUGUCUAGCUUCCUAACUCUGUCUUGGGAGCCUGACUAUUGACAGAAAUGGGUCUAUUUCCCUAACUCUGUCUUGGGAGCCUGACUAUUGACAGAAAUGGGUCUAGUUCCCUAACUCUGUCUUGAGAGCCUGACUAUUGACAGAAAUGGGUCUAGUUCCCAAGCUCUAUCUUGUGAGACUGACUAGCGACGGACUAAUCACAAGAGCGGAUGCAUAAGCUGGGGCACAUUUAUAUAGGUUUAGAUAUUGACGGAGGUAGUGCCCAACCUUAUUCCUAAUUGCCACCAUCUUGAUGUUUAUCCCCGAUUGCAAAUUUUCUUUAAAACAAAGCGAUUUAACCCAAUUUUGUCUUUUUUUUUAGAAUUUUGAAGAGCAGAUAAAUCGUCAGUUGUAUGAGAGUAAAGAAAUCGCUAGGAAUUAGUUAAAAAGAACGUAAGGGGAAACGAGCUUUGAUUUUUUAAAAUAUUAUUAUGCUACGCACCAAACUAAAUUGUAAACCGAAGUUUAACUUCCUUUGUUUUCAGACUACGCCUAUGCAGAUAUGCUGUGCAUCUUCGUGACGUUCACAUCAAAGUAA